AUGAUAUUCCUACUCAACGUAGAGUGUCAACUUCCCAGGAUGCCAUUAUGGAUUUCACACAGACAAAUCCCAACGCAGGAAGAUUUCACGAGGUUCCAUAGCGUGAAAGAGCAUACGCUCACUUCAACAUCAAUGGUCCUGGCCAAUACACCGUUCUUCCCGUGGCAAGGUGUAAGCCGGGCUACGCAGGAUUCACCAAUACCAGACGACACUCAACGGCCAAGCAGUAAUUCCACGCAAAUUUCUACUGCCACGUCUACAGAUGAAACUGUGAAAAUGCGCCAAGCGUAUGGUGACUGGCAUGAUCUCGACUCAACUGCGAAACUUUCACAAACUCGAUCACUACCGACAAUUGACACCAGAACGGUUAAGUCCACGGUGUCGAUAUCGUCUAUUUGCGAACCAGCGCCCUCUGGUGCGGAUCUCGUUACCAAUCCGAUGUUUACGCUGGACUUUCCACGAUUUGGCCACAAGCGAUGGAAAAGGGUUACAGUAUCGAAUGUAUCCCAGAAAAACAUCAUUUGGUCACUUCGGACGAAUAUGUGCGAUUAUCUCACGGCAAGACCUACUGCUGGUGUGCUGAAACCUGGACAACAUGACAGUGUGAAGGUCUCGAUAACGGACAUGUGCGAUGUGAAUGGAAAGGUAGCGUUCUCUUACGGGUUUGUGGACGAUUCAGUCGAAGCAUUUGAGAGAAAACUGUAUCAGGACACGAAACAAAGUAGCCAUACGCUUGAUGUCCUCCUCCAUUAA